AAAUGAAAAUCUGAAACAUGGCGUCGUUGGGAAGGCUUUCAAGCCGUCUUCUUCGGGGCUCCAUCAGGGCUCAGGUUUGCAGUCCAAGGGUUUUGGGCCUAAGCGCUGCUGCCGAGAGGGAUACAGAAUGCCGUGUGUCGAAUGGAGUCUCGAUGUUCCGCCGCCACCUCUGUGCUGCUGCAGCCGAUCCCUACAGCGAGCCAGACAACAGUCGCAUGAUGGAGAACGUCUGUCAGAAUCCGCCGAGCCGCGAGCAGCUGGUAAAGCUCGGCGAGUACGUUGCCAGCAUCAUGCCGAAGUACAUCCAGGAAGUACAGAUCACGGCGUGCGAUGAGCUGGAGCUGCUCAUCCACCCGGACGGCAUCGUGCCGGCACUGACCAUUCUCAAGGAGCACUCCAUGACACAGAUGACCCAGCUGGUGCAUCUGACGGCUCUCGAUGUUCCCAAGCGACCGAAGCGUUUUGAGCUCGUAUACAACCUACUGUCGCUGCCGUUCAACAGUCGUAUCCGCCUUCGCACGUACACGGACGAGCUUACACCGCUCUCGUCCGCAGAACCGGUGUUCCGGAGUGCUGACUGGUUGGAGCGCGAGGUCUGGGACAUGUAUGGCGUGUUCUUCACCAAUCAUCCGGACCUUCGGCGUAUUCUCACCGACUACGGGUUUGAAGGCCAUCCGAUGCGCAAGGACUUCCCGUUGUCAGGAUAUGUUGAGCUACGGUACGACCUUGAAGAGGAGCGUGUCGUCGCUGAACCUGUGGAGCUGGCUCAGGAGUUCCGCCGUUUCGACUUCAACCAUUCGUGGGAGCAGUUUCCGCUGCAUCGGCAACAUGGACCCCCACCGUCUGUGGAAGCGGAGUCCACUUCUAAGCCCGAGGAGAAGAAAUAGAGCUUGCUAUGAAUGAUAGUACUGUUUGAACUAUUUCCUUGUCUGUCUUUGUGGUGUGAAGUUUGAGAGCUGUUAGGAGAGCAGCAGGGGGGUGAAUGCACCAACCUAUUUAUGUACGCAAGGACCAUUUGGCUUGAGAUUACUACUCGAAGAGCUGAACAAGGACUGGGGGCCUUGGCGGGGCUCGGGGCGGCUCCCAAUAAGUUUGUGCAUUCGCCCCCCCUGCUGCUAGGAGUGCUACUGCUUGUUAUUUAUGCUAUAAAGAAUUCCUCAUGUACAUAGCUGUUGCACUGCUUGCAUGCCUGUGGUUGGUAUCCAUUGUGGUACCACUGUAGCUCGAAGUUGGAUGUCCGAAUAAUUUUGCCAACGGCACUUAUUUUUUUUUUUUUAUGCGUUUGGAAUGCUUUCUCUCCUUAUUCCUGCUGAUACUCACACUGUACAAAUUGAAAUCCACACAUUUGGUAUUUUCUGAAUAUUCUUUUAAAUAUUUACCAUCAUAUGUAGUAUUACAUUUACUCGCCGGUUGUAUCUCUCUUAUUUCCAAGCAUCUUAGCCUUUUUAUAUACCAUUUUUUAUUUCUUGUGCGAGGCUUGCCUCACUUUUAGUACCCCAUGUUUCUAUAGUAAAUUCUGCGUUGAUGUUCAACGAUAAAGCGAAUGCAACUUCUU